AUGGCGGACCAUUCUAUUCAGUAUGGCGUUGCUGCAAAUCCAAACGCCAGUCAGCUGAUACCCCACAAUGCUAUUGCUCGCAAACGCACUGUUCGCAAUAUUCCUUUGACCCCACAGGGCAACUUGGUGAUUGAUGUGCCUGUUCCUGACAGAGUACUACAGAUGGGAAAAAUUGGAUCUGGCGAAGAGUUUACCCAUAUGCGAUAUACUGCAGUCACUUGCCCCGCAGAUGAUUUCGUGAAGCGUGGAUACACUCUCCGUCAGCAAGAGUAUGCCCGUCCAACUGAACUGUUUAUUGUGGUAACCAUGUACAACGAAGACGACUAUUUGUUUUGCAAGUCAAUGCAAGCCCUGUUCAAGAACAUUGUAUAUCUGUGUUCGCGAACACGAUCCAAGACAUGGGGUGUAGAUGGCUGGAAAAAAGCCAUCAUCUGCAUUGUAUCUGAUGGUCGUGCCAAGGUUAAUCCUCGUGUGUUGGACGUAUUGGGAUUGAUGGGUGUAUACCAGGAAGGUAUCAUGAAGGACCAUGUCAACGAAAGGCCUGUUACUGCACAUUUGUUUGAAUAUACCACUCAAGUCUGUGUGACUCCCGAACUAAAGGUUCAUGGCCAUGAAAAAGGAUACGUUCCCGUACAAAUCAUGUUUUGUCUUAAAGAAAACAAUGCCAAGAAAAUCAACUCCCAUAGAUGGUUUUUCAACUCUUUUGGCCCAUUGAUCCGACCCAAUAUCUGUAUUUUGAUCGAUGUAGGCACUAAGCCUACCAACACCUCUCUCUACUCUUUAUGGAAGUCAUUUGACAAGAAUGCCUCUAUUGGAGGCGCCUGUGGUGAAAUUUACGCCGAGCUUGGACCUGGAUGCACCAAUCUGUUUAAUCCGUUGGUUGCUGCACAGAACUUUGAGUACAAAAUGUCCAAUAUUUUGGAUAAACCCUUUGAGUCGGUCUGUGGCUUUAUUUCUGUACUGCCUGGCGCAUUUUCCGCCUAUCGUUAUGCUGCACUUCAAGGUAGACCCUUGGAACAGUACUUUAAAGGUGAACUCAUGCAUGACGGUGCUGAUAUUUUUGCUGCCAACAUGUAUCUUGCCGAGGAUCGUAUCUUGUGUUUUGAGAUAUCUACCAAGCGUGGUGAAGCGUGGCUGCUCAAGUAUGUCAAGGCUGCCAAGGCCGAAACAGAUGUGCCAGACUCUGUUCCCGAAUUUAUCUCGCAGCGUCGUCGUUGGCUCAAUGGCUCCUUCUUUGCUGGUGUGCAUUCACUGACCCAUUGGUACUAUAUUUUCCGAUCUGGACACGGUAUCCUGCGCAAACUACUGCUACUCUUGGAGUACAUGUACAACUUUAUUCAGCUGAUCUUCAAUUGGUUUGGACUGUCGUCCUUCUACCUCACCUUUACCUUUUUGUAUGAUGGAUUCAUCAACAAAAACGUGAAUUUGGAUGGAGUGCCAAUUCAACUCUCGGAUCUAGUGUUUCAGAUCUUGCGAGAGCUUUACAUUUUUGCUAUUGUUCUUAUUUUUAUUUCGUCUAUGGGUAAUCGUCCUCAAGGAUCAAAGUACGUUUACGCAUCGUGUAUAUUUAUCUUUGCAGUGAUUAUGGGAUCCAUGAUUUAUCUGUCUGGGUUCUCCGUCUUCUCCAUCGUGCAGCAGCUGACUCCAGCAGAAAAGGCAUCUUUUUCGACACUAUGGGUAUCCAAUCCUGCCAUGCGUGACACGAUCCUAUCUGUGGGUGCUACCUACGGCAUCUACAUUGUAGCAUCGCUGAUGCAUCUGGAUCCAUGGCAUAUGCUGACUUCAUUCCCGCAGUACAUGUUCUUCUUGCCAGCCUUUACCAACAUUCUCAAUGUUUAUGCUUUCUGCAACUUGCAUGAUGUUUCCUGGGGCACAAAGGGAGACAAUUCAGCCUCGUCUUUGGGAGGAGCUAAAACUAUCAAAGGAAAGGAUGGUAAAAUGACAGUCGAGGUCGAAGUACCGACUGAUCACAAUGAUAUCAACGCAAACUAUGAGACCUUUAUCCGCAACCUUCGUCAACCUCGUCCCAAUGAAAAGAAGCGACGAGAUGCCAAAACCAAACAGGAAGACUACUUCCACAACUUCCGCACCCGUAUUGUUCUGACAUGGAUGUUUAUGAACGCAGCUGUGAUUAUUGUGUUUACGACUGAAAGUAUUCGUAGUCGUAUAUUGCCUGUUUUAGGGAUUAGACAAACCAAGAGCUUUAACCCAUACCUGCAGUUUAUCUUUUACUCUAUUCUUGGGUUGACGGGUGUGCGGUUUAUUGGGUCCACUAUGUAUCUUAUUACCAAUGCAGUGUUUCGCUAA